AAGGAGCUCACUUCUAUGGUUCGACAAUGUGAGUCUUUGGAGGGCGCCACUGUCGCCGAAUCGAAACGCCUGCGUCGGGCCGCGGUACACUUGGAACGAAGCUGGCACAACAUCUGGAUCCGGUCAUUGGAGAAGCAGUGUCUUACGGAACAGCGUUUGCAGCAGCGUCAGGAACGCGACAACGCACAAAACUUAAAGGAGGGUUCAGAUUUCGAAACCGAUGAGGGACCAUUAAGGAAGCAUCGACGACUCAAUUGGAACCACUGGACUGCAGUAUCUUCGGUAGUAAAUAUGGACAGGAUUCGUCGUGAAGGUGAAGCUUUGCGAUCCAGAGACGGAUUGAAAAGUAAUUUAUUAACAAGAGAUGUUGGAAUAUUAUGCAGCGAUUUGGUACCUGUGAAUGACAAGUGUGUCAUGGUUGGGACGACUGGAAUCGCUGCUUUGAAGGCAAAAUAUGGUGACGAUUUCACGAACUUCGAGAUCAUACAGGACAUCGGCUAUUCGAGUGAGAGCUCGACUCAUCUAUCUGGUGACGAUGGUGUGGGUGUUGGAGGAGACCGUUAUUUCAACAUACGCGUCUACAACUACAACACCAAUAAGACUCCAUCAAAGUCUUUUAGCAGUCUGAAGGAGGAGCUAGAAAAUUCAAACUGUGGAAAACUAGAAAAUCUGGGUUCAUCUCUGGGUUCUUCCUCUGCGGGUACAUCUUUCAACGAUUCUGGAUUCGGGACUACGGAUUUAGCUGUUGGAGACACUGUAGACACAUCACUUUCCAUGCAUCAGUUCGCUGAUCCUAGUGAAGAGUGUGUGGGUUUGGGUGAAGAAGAACUGUAUGGCCUGGAAGACGAAUCUGAUUAUCUAGAAGCAGUUUUAGAGACGUGCAUGGAUUUUGGACCGGAAGGUGGUGAGGAGGAGUGUAGUAAGCUGGAAGCAUCGGAUGAGCUGCAUUUCACUCUAAGUGGUAUAGAGAGUGACGAUGCUGCAGACAAUUUUCAUAACAGGAGUUCUUUUACAACAUCUGCUCAAGUUUUCUACAAAAUGAUAUCUGUCGACAGUGAUAAUGGUGAACUAUGUUUACACACAGGGGAUACUGGCAACAUCGAUGAUAAAAAUGUUCAAAAAUUUGAUUCAUCUACCGAACUGGAGUGCCAAACUGAACUGCCAUGCUUACAGAAAACCACAACUAAUGCAUCCUCUUCAGCAGAAGGGUUUUCAGUGUCUCGGAAGGAAAGGAAGUUUUCGAGUUCUGAUUCGGAGCAAGAAACUUACAAGUUACCUCUGUAUACGAAUUCCCCUGGGGAAUGGUGGAAGAUAUCAUCACGGCCCAAGAAAAUCCUUAGCUCUACCCCAAUAAGACAUUUACCAGACAUUCUGGAACCAAAUACAAGCUAUAAGCAAGGUCUGAAGAGAAAGCGGGAUAGAGACACCACAGUCAUUGCCUCUUCUUGGAAAAGCAGUGGACGAAUGACGAACCGCGUCCGUUCUUGGUUAAAUCGGUGCUCGAAUUCUAUUCCUUCAGAUUCAACAUUCCAAAGGAAAUCUUUAUUCCGUGAUGGGCACUCUUCAGGUGACGAUUGUAAUCAAGGUCCAAGGCAGGUUCACGUUGGAGAGGAUCUAUCUUCAUGUGAUGCCAGUUGUGAAUAUACGUCUUCCAGUGCCGAUGAAGCUACUUCUUUCUCAUCAUCAUCUUAUUUUUUCGAAGAAGACUCUUUUCAACAGAAAGGACGCCUUGACUCUUAUAGCAUGGAAGGUUCUUUCGAAACUGUGAUACGUGAACAAUGCGCACAUUUGAUGACUGAUUCCGAAACUGCACAAACUUCUCAGCUGCCGCCAUCGCCUCCAGCAACAACUACUUGCUCCACUAGUUGUGGGUGUUGUAAAAGGAGCUUUAGAAAGUAUCAUGCAAAAAGAAAGUUUCAUUUGAAAACGUCAUCAGAAGGGGACCUUAGAACCCACGCCACAUGCAAGACUGGAUCAUUCCAUAGAUUCAACAGUGGACCUCGUAAUAUAUUAUCUGUAGAUUCGAAGAAAAAGGAUAAGAGAUAUAAUCCUCUACCAGAUAUGAAAUCCCACUUAUCAUCCAGUCUACCUGAUGUGUUACGACGUCAUUCUCACAGUUCGGAUGAUGAUUUCAAAGUAUCUUCAGACUAUCGAAACGAAAUGAAGACUAAAUGCUGCGAUCCUUAUUGCCAUCAUGGUAUUCCAGGAUCACGUAACCAGUCUAGUUCAUCUGACGUUGGAAAGCGUAGACGAAGACGUAGUCGAAAGAAAUCUUCCAGUUCCAAUAGGUCAUCCAGGAGUGUUCUGCACAGUGGAGACAGCGUUCGUCAUCGGUCCAGAACACUGACAGGAGGAACAACAACGAUUGUCAGUCUUUGUGGAAGCAGAAGACGACACUUCUCUCAGCGAUCCGAUUUCUUUGGUGAUUCUGAAGCAAAUGUUCGCUCAGAACACGAGAUACGGUUAUCUGAUGAGAAGAUAUCUGCUGCCGAAGAUGUGGACUGCAAAGAUCUAAACAUUGAAUUGGAGGAUAGAAAUAUCAAACGUCGUGAUUCCUCUUCUCUGCUGUCUCCUGUGGAGAGCGAUGUUGUCCUGACCCAACUGGAAGAGCAAAGCACAGUGUCUGACCAAGUUUGGGAUGGCUACCAGGACAUGCCGUACUUGAGUGAGGCAUAUUCUGAAACCACGGUGGACGAGGACGCUAUCAGGAAGCUGAUAGAAUUUGGUGAUGACUACGGCUCUGCCAUUGGUCAACCCAUGCGCUUGUUGGACGUUGCUGACGGUAACAACAACAAAACAGAAAUUUCCAAAUUGCCUUCCAAAAAAACAUCAAAGACUCUUUCUUUACCGCCAUCUCAACGUCAGUCAAGUCUGAGUAACGAUUCGGAUUCCGAUUCCGAAGAUCUUCAUCACGUCAUCGAGGAAACAGCGAAAGCAUUACAGUUUGCCCGAGGAACACUUAAAAGGAGGCAGUCAGGAGACUUUUUAUCUUCCGCCGAAUACGCUGAACUUCUGGCAACAUGUGGGACUCAUUUGCGUUGUUUACAGACAAUCUGCGAGCGCAUAGAGAUCGAUGGCAAAGAGAGCAAUUUCCCGAGCUGUGACUUGAAGAGGCUUCAUGAUCUGAUUGAAGAGUGGGAUAUCUUGCAAAAGAGCACUAUAAUGUAUGAAAAAUCGCAAGACCAUGUUCAAGAGAAAUAUGUUAAAGCUAAAGAAAAUAUAGAUGCUUUAUUUCACAUGAUGUCGGAACUUUCCUCUGAUAUUGAUUCUGAAACUAAGAACUUUAAUUCUUGGGAAGAUGUGCAAAAGGAUAUUUCGAAAUUACAGAUGGCGCUAAUGACGCUGCAAGAAACAAAGGAGAAACUCCGCAUAGUAAACCUCCAGGUACAUCGAUUCAUGACAGAAUAUGGGAACAGCCGGAGUUACAAAGAUCGCUCUCUGAAAGAUGACGUCACCGAAUUAUAUAGACAAUGGGAAGAUAUUUAUGAGCAAAAUGGCAAUCAACUCACAGAGUUAGAAAACUUCAGCAAAAAAUGGAAAGAAUACAAUGAAAAAUAUAAAAAUUUACGGUGCAAAUUAGAAGAAGCUGAAAUGAACUCGGUAGAGAAAAACUGUGAUAAAACUUGCCUUAUAAUCGAAGAAGAAAGCUCGCUUAACUUACAGAAGGGGCUGAAAGAGCUACAGUACGAUGCCAUUUUCUUGAAAAGUGUCUUAAAGGAUGGACCUCUUUGGAAGACAGUUGAGAAAGAUUUGCGAGUUUUAGAAGAAAGAAUAGAGAAAGAAGCGCACAAGAUACCCGCGUCACGAAGUGUUGAUCAUCCGAACUCCUCCGUAUCAGUUGAGGACGGUGCAGAUGACCACUUCGAAGACGCGCUCCAGUCAGAAAGCUACGAAACCUGUGACGAUGCGACCGAUUUCAAAAUGGCAGCUGACCAUCUACCUGACAGCUCAAUGGAGGAUGUCAACGUCACCAGCAGCAGACCAUCUCGGUUUUGGCGAGUUAUCCGUGUUGCUGUUCCUGUGCAUUUUGCCCUGGUUCUACUGUAUUGUAUUGCUUGGUAUCUGGAGCCAAAUUGCUGCGAUAUGUUAAAUAAUUUCAAUUUUUCGUUGACGCCCCAAUUCCGCUAUAUUCAUGGACCACCGCCGGUUUGAAGUAUUUUAAAUAUUAAAAUCUGUAAAAAUAUAUAAUUUCUUUUACAACAAACCGUCCGAAUAAGAGUUGUAUAUAACAUUUUUAAUGCGUCACUUAUGUGUAUGUGCUUGUAAUUUUUCAUGUCUCGAAACUUUCAGGUAUUUUUUAUUUCUUUUGUAAUGAAUCAAAAUACUGCUUAAAAAUUUAAAUUUAAAAUUUUCAUAUAAUUUUGUUUAUUCUGUUUACUAUAUACUGCAUUUAAUAAUGAAAUAGAAUUUAAAUUUUUUUAUUAUGAAUUGCGCUAAAUAUAAUAACAUCUUAUGUUUAAAAUAAAUAGAUGAUUAAAUAUUAUUGUCUGAAAAGGCGGUAGAAAUCAGAAAGUUCUUAUACAGCACUAAUGGAGUUAAAAAAAUUGAAUUUCUGAAUAUACUAAUUGAUAAUUUAUAAAUUAUUUAUUCCUCUACAUAUUGAUUUAAUGUAUAAACAAAGAAGAGUAGAGUAUUGCAUUUAAAAUUGCAAGUUUGCUUUUUUAUUUAGAUUUCGUGAGAAUAUAUAAAAUAAUUUUUGAAAUGUUCCGUGUUUCUCUAAAUUAUUUAUUUAAAAAUAAUAUUCGUAGUUCUAAAGCUAAUUGUAUUAAUCAUUUUACUCUUUCAUAAAUUAGUAAAUUAAAAGCGUUUUAAACUCAUUUAUUUCUCAAACAUGUAAAGUGCAUUAAAAUUUUCUAACGUUAGCAUUUUAAAUUCAUUUACUUUUGAAAUAUUUAAAAUGCUAUAAAAUUUUGGCAAAUUUUCCACUUUUAAGGAAUAAUUUACAUUUGUUUAAAAUGCAAUGUUUUUGUUUAUUAAUGAUUUUUUUGCGUGUAUAAUUUAUUUCGAUAACUAUGCUAAGAAUGUAAGCAUAAUUUUAAUAUUUCUGUAAAACUAAUUUCUUUUCCUAUCGAUUUCAUGCUUGAAGAGUUGUACAGCUUCAUAUUUGAAAAGUUGUAUUCUGACGGAAAUAUUAAUAACUUAAAUAAAUUUACUUUAUAAUAUUUCAGCUAUGGAAGACUAGUUGAACGUUUUCAAAAAUAUUUUCAACUUCUUGUUUUAAGAUUGAUUGCAAAUUCUUAAAAUAGUUACAAAAUUCGAAACUUACAAACUAGAAAUUAUUAAUAUUCUAUUAUGAACGCACUGUUUAAACUUAGCUCAUUUUAAUAAACAAAUGUAAAAAAACUCAAAAUUAGCUUAUUUUACAAUUCAAAAUAAAAAUAAUUUAAGAGGACAUUUGAAUAUAAUAUUUAAACUUUUAUGAAAUAAAUAAAUUAUUUAAAUUAAAAUAAUUUACAUUAUUUUAAAUUAGUUCAGCGAUAAUUUACUGGUAUUAUAGAUUUUAAUGUUAAUGAACAGUUAUAAUAUUAGAAAACUAGAUAACAUUAGAAAUUUCUAAAUUUUUUAAUUUAUUUUCAAGUUAUUUUUAAGUUUGCUUUUUUAUAUAAAUCAACAUUUUACUAUCCAGCUUUGCUUAAUUAUCAUGAUAAUUAUUGCAAGAGCCUAAGGUAUUAUUUGUUUCGUUCACUGUCAACUAGUAAAUUAUCAGAUUUCUGGUAAAUUAGUUCGAAUUAUUAAAAUAAACGCAACUACUUCCCGUAUCUUCUUUGCUAUUUUGGGAUAUUCUGAAGAACUUCCAUUAUGAUGCUUUUUUAUCAUUUUAGACUAUAUGUUUAUGGAGCUUUAAUUACUGCAUGUUUUAUUAACAUUUGCAUUUUUAAUACUGUAUACAGUUUUAAAACUAAGUAAGUAUAUGCAAAUUAGCCCAUAAUGAAAUUUAUUUUUUAAUGCUUAAAAUAAUUUAAGAACUUUCAGAGAUACUUUAAUUUGAAUAAUCAGUCAUUAUCGAUAUAUACAGUUAACUUGUAUUUUAUAUAAUUAAUAAAUACAUGUUUGGAUGUGUAGAUUAAAAAAGAAACUAAUAAUUUUGUCUUUAAAAGAAUGUUUGCAUAAAAUAAUCGUGCUUAGUUGGAAAUUACAGAAAUUUGGGUCUUGUCAUGCUAACAAUAAUUUUAUUACGUCCAAAUGUUGAAUGAAAACAGAAAUUUAAAAAAAAAAAAAAAAAAAGAUGAUUUAUAAAUCAGUAACAAAUUAAUAAUAAAACACAGAACAUUAAUGAAGGAAAUAUGUAGUGUAAAUUGUUAUAACUCCUUUAGUGGAUGUGUUUCUUUAUUUUCGAAAAACGAAGAUGCAUUAACCAUUGUUCCGUCUGUGUCGUAAUCAGUGUAAUUCUGACUUGCGAAUAAUAAAGUAAUUUCUUUGAAUCUUAAAUUUUUGUUUUAACAGAUUUUUGCUUUAAAGUUGCAGAUUUUUUUUAAAUUUAUACAUAUGUAUUAAUUAACCUUAAGAUAUUUUAUGAAGACAACGAAUUUGACAUUUUAUAAAGAAUUUCAUCUGCGACUGAAAUAUGCUUCAUCAGUGAUGAUAAUUUUUUUUAAUUGUUGAUUUCAGAAGUCAAUAGUAAUGAAUUCUCAAAAAAGAACGGAAAUGUGCGUAUAAAACACUGUCUAAAUUAUUUUUGAAAUAAAAACAUUGUAAAAUUUUACACAUUGUAAAAACAUAUUCAUUGUACAUUUUUCAUGUAUUUUAUGCAUUUUUCAUGCACCAGUUCACCACAAACGAUUCUGGAAUUCUAGUCAUGAACACCGUAUCGUAUGUAUAAAAAACUACAUCGGAAAUAUACAUAUUUCAUAAUCAAUUUUUAUUAAAGUUACACGUAGCGAACUUUCUUUUCAUUUUCAUGGUAUUGUGUAAAUUUUUUGUUUUCAGAAUUUCAUUCUCAUUCAUAUUACACCUAUUCUUUUAUCAGAUAUAACCCAUAUAUAUUUGUUGCUUCGUGUUAGUUUUUCUUAAAUUGGUAGUUAUUUUUGGUGGGGAGUUUUUAUAUAAUGUUGGAAAUCUUGUAUGUCCUGUUGUAGCUAUUUUGUCAUCGCUUCACGUUUAACGAAUUAUGUACACUUGAUAAAUAUCAGUUGUUUUGUUAUUUUGCCUAAUAAAAAUUUUUUACAGGA